CACGACUGUACAGCGCCUCCCACCCCAAUACGCUCCCCUCGAGACAGUGGUGGAGUGCAAUGCAAUGUAGAGAGUGUAUUGUGUGUGUGUCUACUCCUCCUCUUUCUUGAUGAUAGCGUCUGUCUCACCGUGUCCGUCUCCCUCCAACUCUCUCUCCUCCUUCUUGGCUCUCUGUCUGGCCUGGCUGGGUCGCAGCACUAUCGUGCCGUCUGUCCUCUCUGUCACGCGACACCUCUUCUUAGCCCCCUUCCUCACCAUACCAACCACCGAGUUAGGCCUGCCACCGUACUUGUACCCGACGGACAGCACGACACUGUCGAGUGUCGGGAAGGCUGAAAACGCCUCAACCACACACUCAGCGAACGAGCCGCAACACGUGCGCAGCUCGCGGGCGCUGGCAUAUGUAAUCUUGAUGCACACCUCGAGUGAUGAAACACGGCCAUUCUCCAUGACCUCCCUGACUGCCUCGCUCUCCCCGUUCCCGUACAUUUCCCAACCGAUAGAAAUGUCAGCACGUUCCUCUCUGUCUAAGUCAUAGUUGUAGCGCCAGCCGUCACAUGUGAUAUCAUACUUCAGCUGGACUGCUAACUCCUUGCCUUCGCUUGACACGGACUCGAGGCCAUCAGGCACGAGAGUGCAUGUGGCCUCAGGGUCCGCGCAGACAGACAACUCAAAACACACCUUCUCUAGGUAGGGGGAGAGGGCAUGCAGCACAUAGCCCGCCCCACGCCCAGACGCACCCACGCCCACUGGCAGCGCCCCCUCCCUCACCACAAUAGACGAGACGCUCGGGAAGAGCGAUGUGGGGUCGUCCGUGAUGUAUGAGGGCAGCAGGCCGGUGCCGGGGUAACGCACGAUGGUGAGCUCGUGGGCAUGCUCAAACACCAUCGAAUCCAGCCCGGGGGCCUCUUUGAUGGUGUCGGCGGACGCAUGGCUGUCGAGGGUCACCUUCUCGGCCUGCUUGCAGCACAUGUCCACCGUGGCGAGGGAGUCGGUGAGGGCCUUCUUGUCGCCUCUGAAGGGCAGGUGGACGGUGGGGCCGCCCUGCAGCUCGCCCUCCUCGAUGCGGCCGAAGUAGUCCUCACGGGCGUCAGGGGCCAGGCACUUGGUGCGAAAACGAUGCAAUUUCUGUGCAGACGAACACGCAGACGGAAGGGUUGAUGGGAUGGCAAUGGAUGCGAAAGUGUGUGAUUUCUCUCCCCACCUGUAUCUCAUGUAUGUUGUGGAUCUCUCCGAUGGCCAUCUCGAUCUCCUCCAGGGGGCCUGCUUCAUCGCCCGUGGAGCCCACCAAAUUGAUGAAGCCAUUGUUGUAGUUGGAGCUGUCUGAGAACUUGAUGCGGCCGGUCAGCGACGUGAGGCUCUUGGCUGAUACAUGCACACGAAAGCAAGUACAUACAAAAAUUCUCGCUCGGGCGUGGAUUUGAAUCAUCAUCACCUGAUGGCGUGUCGGCGAGGGCGUUUGCCACAUGGGUGAGACUCGCAGCGCCACCUCGGCAAGUGGGAUCCUCCUGGAAGCAAAGUAGCAACAUGAAGUCAAUCGUUCAUCAACCACACGCUCCCCUUUUCCUUUCUAAGUGGCCGCCUCACCUUGUCGCAGAUGAUGUGCAGCGAGCUGAUGCCGCCAUCAGCCUCGCUGAUCCACCGAUGAGCCCCAGCCAUGGUGAUGUCCACCACGCCGAGGCCCUGCAGGUGCGGCAUCUGAUACAUGCGGUCCUCUGCCACCUUCAUCCACACCGUGCCAACGCUGGCUGACUCCACACGCUCAAACACAAUCGGCUUCUGCCGCAUACACAAGAGGGAGACAUGACAAUGAUAAGUCCUAGGAGGCCUCUGUGCGUUGUGAGCGCCCCCACCUUGUUCUGUGGCAGGUCGACCUUCUGGAAGUCGCCCUUCCUCUGACGCAUGUCUCGCUCCACGUUGUACUGCACCUGUAUCUCUGGCGCACGCUGGCCAUUUCUGUAGAUGGGGUGCUCGUACUGGCUGUGCAGCUCCACACUCUCGACGGUGCCCGAGAGGCGCUCCAGCAGGUACACCAGCGACUUGGUGGGCCGGUGGUAGAUGCGCACGUCAGCACACUCAGACAACGGACCUGAUCACAACAAAACACCACAAAUGGUUGCGCACACACAGCUGUCGGGUUUCCUCUUUCCCCCCUCCUCACCGGCCGUCCAUUUCUUAGCGAUUUUCAUCUUGGGUGAGUCCUCCAGCUCGACGAUGGGGUGCAUGCCGGCCUGCUGGGUGAGGUGGUGGAAGAAGCUGUUGACGCUCGCCAGCGACUCCAGACACGACACGAAGCCCAUCAUGGCGCCCAUCCCCACACCGUCGGCCAUCCACAGGGCCUUAGGCAGACCUUCAAGCUGCGACCUGGUCUGAGAAAGAGAGCGCGAAGUGGAGACAAAUGGUGAUGGAUUCCCUUUCUGUGUUUGUGUUGUGUUGUGCUGUGGUGUGUUCUGUUGACCUGCUCGGUGUCGUCUUCGUCGAUUUCGUCGAGUUUGUGUCGGAUGGCGUCGAGUUUGCGGAUGUUCUCCCUCAUCUGCUUGGUAGCGACCUUGUCCACGUGGCUGAUUUGCGUCUUGGCGUCGGCACACACCAUGCUCGACCACACGCGAAUCUGACGAUCCACCUCCUGAACAAACCCCCCACACAUACAAGGAACGGCUGUGUGUGUUGAUGUCGUUUGGUGUUGGCCCUGACCCACAGUCACCCACUCACUCACCGAGAUGCGGUGUUGCUGUUCGAGCGAUUCGGGGUCCUGAGCGGCCUUUCUCAACUCAUACACCUCACGAGCCUGCAUGAUGGCAUUCAAUACACACACGCCAACGCGCUGCCUCCCCCGUUAUGCUAGACUUCCUGCCCCACGAAGAAAAGUACCUGCUUCUCGGCCUGUUUGGCCUGCUUGAGCUGCGCUUCAAGCUUCAUCGUCAUCUUCUUCAGAGCCUUCAACGCGUCCUCAGGACCAACCUCAACCACAUCCUGCAUGAAGUAACGAAGCCAAACCACAAAACACGGAAAUGCACACCCACCACCAGCCUCAGCAGCCAUCUGCAUCCCUCACUGCCCACCUCGAUAUCCUCAUCGUCGUCGGACACCUCCAUCUUAUCCCUCCCGCCGCCCUUCUUAUCGCCCUUACCCUUCUUAUCCCCCCGCUGCCUCUUCUUGCCGGCCUUCCUGCGCCGCCCUCCCUUGCCAUAGUCCGAGCCCUCCCCGUCACUGCUGCUGGUGUCGACGUCCAUGACGGGUUUGCGUUUCUGCCCACCGCUCGCCUUAAGCAAGGCCAGCUGGCGGGCCGUCAUGCGAUGGUCGUCCUCACCGUCACCUGCAUCCAUGGUGAGAGGGAGGGAGCGGAUGGCAGAUCUGCCGAAAGCAAGGCACGGCGGGAACAAACAACCUCAGCUUAACCCAAUGCAGAAAGGAGAU